UGCACUGUUUUUUUCCUCCUUUUUUUCAAAACAGUGGGCACACUGUCGACUGAACCUGCUAACCAAGCUUUCGCAGUGCAAGAAAGAACAAUAAUUGAAAAUACAGCAGUCCUGGCUCUGGGAAUGUUAGCAGCACGACUGGGCUAAACCCAGCUGGAGUUUAGCAGUGAUGUUUUGACCGGCUUAUCGGGUGGUGAUCACACAUGCCAAGAGGUAAUCCACACAUCUCAGAUCUGGUAGUAAACUGAUACGCGACCUGCCAGCACCAUGCUUCAGUGCCGCGAGGUAUGCCGACUGGACAGCGGGAAAAUGUCAGCCUCUGUCAGAAGGUCCGGGGUCAUGUAGCGCUUCGACACUCAAGGACAGCUGCUUCUACUGGAGAACAGCAUUGCAGAGAGAUGCAAGCUGCUAGCAAACAGUGCGUGUUGGAUUGAUUCUGGAGGAGGGAGGGAAGGUCUUUCAGGAGGUGAAAAAGGCACCGUCGGGAGCGGGGGAAAGGAAGAGAGGGCGGUGGCCGGCCAUCAUGGGUACACCUCUGAGGAGGAAACCCCCAGCUUUGGAGAUGGCUGAGGCCGAACUUCACAAAGAGAGGCUCCAAGCUCUCGCAGAAAAACGGAAAAGGCAAACAGAAAUUGAAGACAAGAGAAGACAAUUGGAGGACCUAAUUUUACAGCUACAGCAUCUCAAAUCGAAAGCGAUGAGGGAACGAUGGCUCCUCCAGGGGGCGCCGGCCGGAACGCAGGAGGAAGAGGAGGGGCGCAGGAGGCAGGCAGAGCGAGACGAGACGCAGGUGAAGAGGCUGGAGGACACCAUUCACAGAUUGGAAGGGGAGAUUGGGCUGCUGGAAAGGGAGGAGUCACAGAUCUCUGCCAAAGAGCAAGUGCUGAGAGAGAAGCUGAGGGAAACCGAGAGAUCAAUCGAAGAUCUGCAGAAGAGUCUUCAAAACCAAGAUGGAGAUGCAGUGAAUUACAUUCAUUCCCGCAUCCCCGACCUCCCGGAGCUGUACUCCAAAACAGCGGCCAAGGCUUCUGGCGAUGAGCAGCUGCCAAAGAAGGCUGUGAUGUACGCCGUGGAGGUCAGCGUGGAGAAGGACAAGAAGACGGGCGGCACGAAGAUCCUCUCCACCUCGGCCGUGAGCCCGGAGAACGUCCACCAGCGGGGCGUCAAGGUCUACGACGACGGGCACAAGAUGGUGUACGAGGUGCGCCCCGGAGGUCCGGGCACCCUGGAGAACGGGGUCCACCCCUGGAGCUCGGCCGAGGUGGACGAGCUGAUGCAGCGCGUGAGCCAGCCUCGUGUCCAAGGCGACGGCGGGCGGGCGACGGCCGCCCCCGCCCCUGCCGCCGUCGACGGAGGGCCCGCGGGGCCGCGGGUGGAGCAGACCGUGCGUAAGGAGGCCAAGCUGGAGAUGGUGCGCGGCCAGCAGGGCACGGGCACAGGCAGGGGCAUGGGCACGGGCACGGGCUCGGCGGGCCAGCCCAGGCCUGGGCCCAGGCCCGGGUCCGGGUUCGAGGAGGAGGUGACGGAGGUCCCCGAGGCCACGUCCGAGAAGCCCGUCACCAUGAUCUUCAUGGGCUACCACAACGUGGACGACGAGGAGGAGACCAAGAAGCUCCUGGGCUUCGACGGCACCAUCAAGGCCGAGAUCGUGCUCAUCGACGAGGACGACGAGAAGUCCCUCCGGGAGAAGACGGUCACCGACAUCUCCACCAUGGACGGCAACGCCGCCGACCUGGUCUCCGGCAGGCCCCUGUCCGACACCACCGAACUGUCCUCCGAGGGCAAGGACGAGAGCUUGGCUACGGCUAAGGAACUUCCACCCGCAGGUUCAGGGGUGGCACUUGCAGUGCCAAUGGCUGUGGAGAGUGGACCACUGGCUGGUGUUCAAUCAAAGACUCUUCCCACUGCAUUGAAACCCUCCUCCAAACUCUCAGAGGAUGACAGUGAGCUGAAGAGAGAGAGAGCCUUGAAGAGCGUCAGUUUCCUCGACUCUGUCAGCAUAAUACCUGGAGGCAAAGACACCAUGGAUCUGGAAGCUCCAUUUUCUGAGGCACAGUCAGACAGCCAGAACAACUGCUACUCUACCGCUGGGCAGAAUGGAGUGAAGAACAGGCACGAAUCCCUGGACAGCGAUGUUGCCAAGGAAAUCCGCUACCUCGAUGAGGUUCUGGAGGCUAACUGCUGUGAGCCCGGGGCCGAUGCACCCUCGAAUGGAUCGUCCUUCCCUGAGCAUAAGGCAAUCAACGUCGGUGGUACAGGACCAUCUGUUCAGAUUUCCGGUAUGCUGACACCACACAAUGAUGAAGUUAUCAUCGAAGGAAUGAAGCAAACCACAUUUAUAGAAAACUCAGAUUCCAACGGCGGAAAACCCAAUGGCCAUUCAGGGAUGAUAGAUCAGCAAUUUACGGGACAGUCUGGGGAACUCUCUGCAACGACUAUCAAGAAGGAGGCUCGCUUUGAGCUUCGAGCUUUCCAGGAAGAGAAGAAACCCUCAAAGCUAUUUGACGGCAGUCCAGAGACGGAGCCUGUCCGGGUGAAGAAAGUCCGGCCAUCUGAGGAGAUUGCGGAGCUGGAGAGGGAACGACAGGAGUUGAUCCGGGGACAGGCAGUGAAGAAGAACCCUGGGAUUGCGGCCAAAUGGUGGAACCCUCCUCAAGAGAAAAUGCUGGAGGAGGAGCUAGAUCCAGACCAGCUGGAGUCUCACAAGAGGUAUGAGGAGAGGAAGCAGAGGAAGCCAGAAACUGCGAGCAUGCCACAGGUGCAGACAGUCAUCCCCACCAUGCCACCAGAAUCUGGCAAGAAGGAGGACAUUGUGAUGGAGCAGAUUGACUUUUCCGCCGCGCGCAAGCAGUUUCUACAGAAGGAGCCUGGCAAGCAGCCCGGAGGACCAAAGAGAGGCGUGGCUCCACAGCUUUACUCUGCCAAACCCUUCUCCAGAGCCACGGAGGUCACUCAUGUGGAGAGGCCGAGCGGUUCAGUGAUGGUUGGCGACCGUAGCCAUAACGUCGGGGAAAGCCUCAACGAAGUGACCACUGUCAAAACAGAGAGAAUCUACUGCAGCCCUGGAGACUCCAUCACACAGGAGGCAAGGGACUGCAUGACAGAGAACGAGAUGAAGGAGGGCGGGAAGGCUUGCAUGGGCGAUGGAGACUUCACCUGCGCCCGAGCGGUGAUGACUAUCCUCAGAGACGAAGAUCCUGACCUGUUCCCUCUGCAGCGAUCCGCAAACAGCUCCUGUCUCCCGGAGGAGAUCGAUUCUGGGCUGGACGACCUGUCUAUCCGGUCUCAGGACACCACGGUGCUGGAGACCCUGUCCAACGAUUUCAGCAUGGAUAACGUGAGCGACAGCGGAGCUUCCAAUGAAGCCAUGAACGCCUUCCUGGAGAAUUCUCUGGGGGACUUUUCUUUCCCCCCUACCCCGCAGGCCACCACUCCCAUCAACGGGAAGAUGGACGGAGGCCCUAAGUCCCCCAGCGAGCAUGGCGUGUCCUUUUCCAGCCCAACGGCCUCUCUGAUUGAGCAGCAGCUGGAGUACCAUGCCGGCAUCCUGGUCCAGAAUGCCAUCCAGCAGGCUAUCGCCGAACAGCACAGCGACUGGCAAACACAUCCGGUCCUGGAGCAUGACUCCCCCAUCCCUGAGAAAAAGACAGAGGACACCAAGCAGCCACCACCCCCAUCAGAAGAAAAAGCCAAAUUCGAACCUCCGCAGGCGUCGUCGCCGGUGCCAGAGAUUCACACAGUCACUCCAAAGAUCACCGCACCGACCCCUGUGGUCCCCGCCGAACCAGUCCAUCACCCGGUGACGAGUAGGAACCAGUCCCCGCCGCCCAGCGAAAAACAGGAAUUCAGCUACUUCAGCAAGUACUCGGAGGCUGCCGAGCUGAGGAGCACGGCCUCAGUGGCCCGGGCGCAGGAGAUGGAGGUCAGCGCCGGGCCCUUCAAGCUGCGGUCCCGCAAGCAGAGGACCUUGUCCAUGAUCGAGGAGGAAAUCCGGGCGGCUCAGGAGCGGGAGGAGGAGCUAAAGAGGCAGCGGCAGACGCAAGCCUUACAGACGGCCUCCAGCCACAGGCAGAAGACCAACAGCCUGCCUGCCAGACUCUCUCUCUCAGGGAGGACAGCACCAGGAAAGAUUGAGAAGAUUCGUCCCGGCCCUCCCGUCUCCCCCGCUUCGGAGGGUCCCCUGCCCUCCCCUCUCUCGGAUGCGGGGAGCAAUGACUCAGCAGGUAGCCAACGUCCCAAAAACUUCAUGCAGACCCUGAUGGAGGACUACGAGACUCACAAGGUCAAACGCAGGGAGAAGAUCGAGGACAACAGCUAUGCCCGUUUAUUGCUCGCUAGUGAUGUUACUACUGAGGUGCUUGAGGCCACGCGCGUCACGCGGCGGAAAAGCAACAUGGCCCUGCGAUGGGAAGCAGGGAUAUACGCCAACCAAGACGAAGGGGAGGAGGAGGAAGAGGAGGAGGAAGAGGAGUAGGGCUAACUCCACGCUUUAACCUGUGACAAUCAGAAAGAGAGAGGGAGGGGUGCCCAAACAGGACAGAUUUGACCCCGCCCACCACCACCAUCACCCCCACCCCCUGCCCCCAAUAUUUAUUUCAAUAAGGCCCCAUAUCACAAGUGACCCAUUGAUUGACCGGUGAAUCGAGCAGGAGUCUCUGGCACGCUCGGAGGAUACAGGCCUGGCUCAGAUCCAUUGGGUUAUAAGCAAUAAGAUCUCAGAGAAAGCGUACAUCUGCUGUCAGGGGUCAGAGGCAGUUUUCCUUUUUUUGCUUCAGGUUUUUAUUUUGAGUUUUUCUUGCUGGGGCGUGUGCAACUUUGAAGAUGGUUGAGAUGCAUGUUUUUGUGAAGGUUUUUAAGAUGGGAAUUGGCACAACCGAGUUUAUCGUUAAUCUGAAAGAUUUAAAGGAUCUUCUUCAGGGUCAGGGUUUUUAUUUGGCUUCUUGGAAAUGAUAUUAGCUGACUUAGAUGCACUCUUUUUGCUUUUCAAUGCUUGAAAAGGUCCAGAAGGCUUCAAAGAGCAGUUUUGUGUUACUGCAGCACUGAGAUCACACAGCAUAAGCAUAUUGGAAUGAGAAAUUCACUUAAAUUAAGCGAGAGCUGAAAGUUGCCGUAGAUUUCCUGCGUGGAAUGCUUGAUUAAUUUAUAUUGGCUUUUAUAAUAUCUAUCCUCCACUGGUCAGUAUGAUCUUUGCUAGAUGGAUGACUGUAACUUGUUUGGUCAUUUCUUAACAACCCGAUUUGCACCCUCUGCAAAAUGAAAAUACAUAUCAUAAGCAAUACAAUCACCGCUGAUUUUUCCUACUGAUCCCCGUAGCUGGAUAAAUAAGCAUAAGAAUAGUAGAUUUAUAUUGCACAACCAAUCAUAAGAAGCAUCAUAAAAGGUCCCUUUCUGGAGGCUGAUCAGUCCUCUGUUAUCAUUUUAAGGCGGUGCCUUGCCUACCUUCUGUGGGGUAAGUUAUGGUAACACAAAUGUUUGCAUCCAUUGUUCUUUUUUUAGAAGGUAUGCUGUGCAAAAACAGCAAGGAGCAUUAUAUUUCCUUUCCUUUCUAAUAUCGUAAAACAGACAGCCCUGCCGUGUCAGAAGUUUGCUUCCCUCCAAGUUCGUUAGGCCUAUAGCACGCGAAAAAAAAACAUGCAUGGUGUCUCAAGAUGCCAGAACUACAGAGCUUAGCCCGUGAGUGAGCAAAUGCUGUCCUCAAACUCGCUUUUCUGCAGUCAUCCCAUUCUCUUUUUAAUACCAGGGCGGAGAGGAAGAGGAAGUUAAUGUAACACUGCAUGCUAAACUCAGUGGCUGUUACAGCAGACAGAAGGGGUGUUGUAAAGCUACCCUGCUGUCAAUACAACAUACCAGCAAACUACAUUUACCAGUGCAGACUACAUAGUCCAGCUUACUUUUUUUUUAGUAAGUUAGACUGUUGUAUUAAGUUAUAUUGUACCAAGACGUACACAUAAACCUGAAAAAUGGACUUCUUAAUCUGGGAGGUGACAGAACCUAUGGUAAAGUAAGGCUUUAAUCCCUGCAUUAAUUUAAUGAGACCGGCACACUUCAGCGCUGCUGUUUUACUGUUUGGCAAAGAAAACAAUAUAAGGAAGUUGAAUACUGCAAUGUAAGUGCACAUCACUUAUAUUGCAGUAUUCGACUUCCUUAUAUUUUUGACAUCUUUGGUGAUGAUUUUGGUAUGACUCACCAAAACUGUUCCUCACUGAAAUAAUCGGGCUUGGUCAUGGAAAGGUGCGACCGAUAAUUGUACAUCCUGUUGUCAACGAAAUUUCCUCUUGAACCUCGUCUAUCCUUAGCCUCCCUGGAGUGCUAUUAAAGAUGUUUUAAUUGCUGUAUUUAAGCUAUAUAUUAUUUCCUGCUACUGUGUAUUGAAAUUACAUUGUUUUCCCUAAUUGGUGUUAUGCUAGCUAUCUAUUAUUGCAGUACAUUGAAAACGAAACUAUAGUUAUUCACAAAAGGCUUUCUGCUUAAUAUUCCCUUAUUUGCUUAAAACAAGAUUCAACACACGGGCAUUGAACUUCUUUCUGAUAGUUAUCCCCUACUGACUUUUAUCCAUGUAAUGUUUUUGAGAGGUACUGAAUUCUUUCAGAAUCUGCAAUAAUAUGCUUAAGAGAGCAACCAUUUUCACAGAAUAUUUUGCUAGAUCUCUUUGGUUGAAGGUAACUGUUGGGAAACUCAAAGUGGCGAGUGUUUUUCCAGUGGACGCGAUGUAUUUAACUGUGUUUAAACAACUAGUUGUUUAACCAAAAAGAACAAAUUCUUCAUUACCAACAGCAUUCGGUGGCUAGUCAUAUUAUGAAAUUAGGAGACUAAAAACAAUGGGACCAGCUGAAAGAAAUGUUUUGAUGGUUGCUGUACUUUGGAUAUACAGCACCAAUUGGCAUAAAUACACAAGGGCAUAAACAAAAUGAUGGAGAAUGAAAAAUCAGUGAGAGAAUCCAAAAUCGGUGAGAGAAUCCAAAAUCAGUGUAUUGACUAAUCAUCAUAGGUAAAGAGGCAGUGUGGUCAUCCUUAAAUGCUUCAGACACAACUGCUAACUAAUACCAGGGAAAAAAUUAAUUUUGACUUUUCCUUGCUUUCCGAUGUGGGUUCCUGCUCCCCAUAAGGAUUCCACUAACCAAGAAGACAACAGGCACUUACAGGAAGUAGAUUAUGUACCUUGUACAUGCAGGAUGAUGCAUGAUGCCCAGAAUCUCUGCAGCAGCAGCUGUUUGUGGUGAGAGUUGAGGCACUUGUGGCGUUGGCGUAGUUCUUAUUGUGCUUUUUAUAUGCAAAAUAUCAAAGAGUAUUGUUGUGGGAAUUUGUCCCUUUCUGAGUACAAGAAAUCCUUAACAUUUGUUAUUUCUGGAUUAGAAUGACAUACAAGCUGUCAGUUUUUCUAAGGAUCUUUUUAUUUUUAUUUUUUUGCGGAAGUGUGAUGUGUUCAGCGAAGCAAUAAAACCAUAUUAUGUGCCAGUUGCGCUGACAGAAUGUUGCACCGUGCGUGCAAAGCUUUUAUUUCUGCAUAAGGACAAUGGCUGAAUAGGACAAUGUAUAUAUGUUAAAGCCUGUUAGCAUUUAGAGGGGGAAAUUCAUUGUUUAUGUGUCUUGACAAUGAAAACCUACUUCUGUUUUCCUUUUGUUUCCUUGCUGUGUUGGCUAGAGAUGAAGAAAGCUGUGUCAUUUAAGAAUUUUACUUACCUAUUGGCAUUGCAAUGUUUCUGCUUUGGUUCUUUGACAUGGGAAAAUAUGAGAGGCGGGGAAACAAGUAUUUCACUUUUAACGAAGAAAAGUCUGUUUAUAUUGGUGCAGUCGGAUAUUUACAAUAAACUCUGGAAAAUAGUUUUGAGAAGUUCUGAAUUUUAAAGCCAUGUAUGCACAUUUAUGCAAGUUAUAUAUUGUUUUUGUUUGCAGGUUUUUGGAGAUAUUUUGAGGGUGAGAUUAAUCUGCUAAAAGUUUUGAGAAGUUAUUAUGCAAGGUUCACAUGACUGUCGCGCUAAUAUACUGCUUGCUUUUGGGUUUUGUCACACCAGCGUCUCAGCAUGGCAGUCUGAACUCAGAAGGCAUAGAUAAAGGUAUUGCCAGGUUUGUGUGCUUAUGAAAUGCCAUAUGUCUUCGCAAAGCAUAGGAGUGGUUUCUUUUAGAAAUUUGUUGCUUUUAAGGAUGUGUAUAGUAAUAUAAUAAUAGCACAAAUGGAAGCAACAUUAUUUAAUUCAAGCAUUUAUUUAAUGCAACAAUUUUAUAUUCAUUUGCUGUUUUACCUAUAUUGUAUGAAGACACAGCAAACCUGUAUGGUGGAUCUUUUCAAGACGCAUGUGGCUUGCGUUAAACAUUAGGUGGGGUGUGACAUCAACAGGGCAUAUUUGACAUAACAUAUAGAAAGUACACCAAGGAGUAUUUAUUUUGCUGCAGUCAAUAACAGAAUAAAAGUUACUCUACAAUCAGAGUUGUUUUGGAACUGUAGUCGAGCAAUCCAUAGGGCCGAUGAUAAUACAUGUGAUGGAACUCCCUCUAGUUCCCAUUCUAAUCCAGAAAUAAACUGAUACGCUAAAUUCCCGUGGAUCAGUGUUACGCAAGGUUGGCCCUUGCAGAAAAAAACAAACAUGCCAUGGUUGUAAAAGAAAUACCAAGAGUACACAGUGAUAUCCGAAGAACCUUGGAUGCCUCAGCAUCUCUAAGAAAGAAAACUGCAAAGAGGCUUUGUCCUCAGGCACGUUCUGUCAACUUUGUACUAUGCAGACCCUUGCCUUUCAGUUUCAGUACCUCACGCACAUGUCAGAGCAGCAUAGGUCAUAGACAAAAUGCCUCAACAGUAUUACACCCACAGUUCAUUUACAGCAUAAUUUGUAAAAAAAAAUAAAUAAAUAAAUAAAAAUGCUCCGAACAUUUUUGUCACCCCAUGGAGUGGAUUAAACUAUUCUGUGAGUGUUCCCAUGAGUGAAUUACUGAAUGCAUUGUACACUCAAACUAACACAGACAAAUACUGUUUUUUUUUUGUGUGUGUGUGAAAAUACUGUUAUGAUUUUUAUUGUUGUACUUUGAAAGAAUGGCGAUGAUAAUAUUCACCAUUGUACUCAGAAAGACUUGUAAGGUUUGGAAUGCCACCAUCCAGUGUGGUAAUAAUGAAAAAUUAAGAAAAGGUAAAAGUAAGGGCAAUUAGAAAGAAAAGAUUGUCUGUGACACUUUUGGAGAUACAAAAUGAAUUGUGGGAAAAUCACUACAUGGUGGAUGUGAUGAAACAAUCAUGUUCUACAUAAACAUUGUGUUAAUAUGUUAACCACUUAAUGUAUUUUCAUAUUCUGCUUCUGUUUCAUAGGUAUUGUAAGGCUGACACUUAUACAAGUAUAUAAUUAUUUUCUCAUUAAAA